AUGUCCUUAUCUGUUAUCUGGUAUCACCAAGGCUUUUUCAUCCAGAGAACUGCUGACGGCACCAUCAACCACGUGACGUUCAAACUCACUUACAAACAAUACUUCCGCACUCUGAUGCUCGAAACCAGAGGCUUCACAGGUACAGAGAAAAAUGGAAGCCUGUGGAUCAAUCUAAAUGACGAAAACGUCCUGAGCGGUCGCCUUACAACCGUCUUUCUCCCAAUCAUUUACAUAAUUGUGUUUUUGGUGGGUCUCCCCACCAAUGCCUUGGCAAUCUGGGUCUUCCUCUUCAGGACCAAGAAAAAGCACCCAUCUUCGAUCUACAUGGCCAACUUGGCUCUGGCUGACCUGCUGUUUGUCAUCUGGCUCCCCUUAAAAAUCGCCUACCACUUCAACGGCAACAACUGGAUCUACGGAGAAGGAUUAUGCAAAGUGCUGGUAGCAUUUUUCUAUGGCAACAUGUACUGCUCAGUUGCCUUUAUCGCAUGUAUAAGUGUUCAGCGUUAUUGGGCCGUGGCUCACCCGCUGUCUCAGCAACAGAAGAGAAACCGUGUAGCUGUUUCUGUCUCCGUCACUAUCUGGGUGGUGGUCUGGCUCAUCAGCAUCCCUCUCUAUCUGUAUAAUCAAGAAGUUAAGAUAGCAAGACUCGAAAUCCUGACCUGCCAUGAUGUCACCAAGCCCUCUCAGAAGAAGACUGCAGCAGGCUACUUUCUGACAAUGGGAAUCCUGGGAUUUGUCGUUCCCACUAUUGUGUGCAUCGUAUCUUAUGUUCUCAUGCUGAAGGCUCUCAGGAACAGCAUGAAGGAUCCUGCCAUUGCCAAGAGACGCAAAAAGGCUGUGGUCUUGAUCGUCACUGUCCUUGUUAUGUUUUUAUUGUGCUUCACCCCGAGUAACAUCAUGCUGAUGGUGCAUUAUAUCCUCCUGCUUAAAGGGGCGGACAACAACUUGUAUGGCUUUUACAUCACGACCCUGUGCUUGGCCAGUCUCAACAGCUGUUUUGACCCUUUUGUUUACUAUUUCAUCUCCGAAGACUUCAGGGAGCACGUGAAGAACACAUUCCUGUGCCGAAGUGAGAGGACAGCGCAGAGGAUGAGGGUCUCCUUCAGCGCUUUGAAGUUCUCCAAAAAAAGCAACUCGUAUACAUCAGGGUCAGGGAACACACGGAGCACGGAUUGCUAG